UCGAGCCCUACAGAGAUUUCCAGUUAACGUAGAGGAUUGUGGAUCUAUAAUUCUCUCAAAAGUCGGAUUUUAACCUGUACACUCUUCAUUUGCAAUAUGUGAACACAGACGGCUGCUUUAUAUUUUCAGUCCCAUCUUUGUGGGCUCACGUCUGUUGUUUUUACUGGUUGGAAUAAUCUGUGCUUAUAACGUCACAAUUAUAUCUCGAAUGAAAUAAACAGGAAUGUGGAACAGAAACGAUUUAGAGGACGGGUUUGAUUCUUUGAAAUCAGGUUCUGGCACAGCCUCCUUUGGCUGGGUACCAGGCUGUGAGUCAGCAUGGCCAGGCAACUCUUCUGCCACCAGCAGCAGUAACCGUGGGAGACGCCACAGCGCUGCCUCUGACAGUGGAGACACAGGCAUCGGCACCUCUUGCUCGGACAGCGUGGAAGAUCACUCCAGUUCCAGUGGUGCUCUCUCGUUCCAGCCUGUGUGUCCCCAGGGCACCAUCCCCACAGCCCACGUCAUGCCUUCUCCUGCCAGCUCUAAACUCAGCAUGCCCUCCACACCAGGCAGCCCCUGGAGCAGCUGUCAACUGCCCUCCCCCCUGGACAGCCCCCUGGACAUGAAGGACCCCCGACCCAUUCGCCGCUGGUCUUCUCUCACUCGUCUAAGUGGACAGGACAAAACCAGCAUAAGUGGCCGACCCUCACAUCGGCCGGACCCUCACGGCUCUCUGGACCGGGGACUGCUGUAUGGGUACAGACACGACCCCCUAAACACAGACAGCUUUUUCUCACAGGGACUCCACAAGCCCUCCACAAACUCUGAGUCCCGUCGAAAGUAUGACCUGGGCAGCAAUAACACCCUGAGCAAGACAGACUCCUCCUGCUCAUCUCCACUUAAGCCCAGCACGUUAGACCUGACCUACAGUGCCUUACCCGAGAGCAAGCUGCCCGUCACAGGGCUGCUGGUAGCAGGCCAGAGGACGUCUACGCUGGGCCAUCAGGCCAUGGGAGGAUCACCUAUUCAGCCUGCUGUGCGCACACAGAUGUGGCUGAGUGAACAGAUGGAGUACCGGCCGGGGCCAGAGGGCUGUGGCCUGAGCAGCUGGCAGCAGGAGCAGCAUAGGGAAAGACUACGACUGGAAGCCGAGCUCGCACAGAUGCUUGGCGGAGGUCCUCUUCCCAUGAACACCUUGGUGAAGAUUAAGGAGGGGCUUCUCAGACAGAGAGAGCUGGAGAUUGACAGACAAAAGCAGCAGAUUCUACGGCUUCAUGCCAGAAUCAGAGAAAAUGAGCUGAGAGCACAACAAGUCCUCCAAAACCAGAGAGGGCGCGCUGAAGACAGCUGCUUGCUCAAACCCAUGGAUUCUCCCUAUGACAGCCCCAUGUCCAGUCACAGCCUGCAGCCUGCUGCAGGAGAGCGAGUAAGCCCACUGCAUGGUGAGAAUGGAGAGCUGGCUCGCAAACUGACCGCUGCAGAGCUGGAGGUCAUGCAUCUCAAUGAGUUCCUCAAACAGAAUAUACAAAAAUACACAGAGGAUAUCAAGAAACUGGAGGAGAAGAUGAAGACCCGUGAUCGGUACAUCAGCAGCCUGAAGAAGAAGUGCCAGCGACUGCAGGAGCAGAACCAGGAGAAACAGCAGCGCAUUGAGACGCUGGAGAAAUAUCUGGCAGACCUGCCGUCCCUGGAUGAAGUCCAGAACCAGGCUAAGCAGUUGGAGGAUGUGCAGGGUAAAGUGCAAAGCUUGGAGAAGACAGUGGCGCAGUUGGAGCAGGACUUGCAGGAGAGUCAAGCUCUGCUGGAAGAGAAAGAGAGCCUCAUAGAAACCCAGAGUAAGAAGGGAAGGGCACUGAUGGCAGCUGUACACAGUUUGCAGGAUAAGGUGGAGAAGUGCCUGGAGGAUGGGGUGCGGCUAUCCAUGUUAGAUGUGAAGCAGCUGGAGGCAGAGAAUGCCCAUCUCCUGGAACAGCACACUCAGACUAACAUGGUGUCUAACAGUCAGCAGAAGCAGAUCAACAAGCUUACCUCUGAACUGACAGAAUUGGAGAAAAAGUUGCAAAGAGAGAGGGCCGUCACAGAGGACCUCUGCACACAGCUCCAGCAGAAAGACAAGGAGCUUGCAGUGCUCUCCAUAACCCUCCAAGAGAAGCAGAGCCUGGUGGAUGAAGGUGUGGCAUGCGCAGACCGUGUGGCCCUUGUCCAAGAGGCUGGGCCCUUGUUGAAGGAAAUGUCCUUGUGUCUGGCAGACCUGAAAGCUCUUUGCUGUAUUCUCACUCAGAGAGCACAGGGCAAGGAGCCCAACUUGGCACUGCUUCUAGGCAUCAAAUCCAUGGGCUGUUCAGGCGAGGAGAAUGAGGCACCGGUCCUAGAGGAUGAUAUCCAGGCAAAGAUCCAUGAGGUUCACCAGCUGAGGAAGGACAUAGAUGACCUACGCACCGUCAUCUCAGAUGGGUACGCACAGGACAUGGGUGAAAACUGUGUAACUCAGUAAGGCUGCCAAUGAAAGUCUGCACCAAGGGCUGUCAUUUUCAUCCAGAGAGGAGCAAGACAUCGUGUGCAAUGAUUGUGUUUAAAAAGGGAAAAGGAUGAUAUGAAGUCUCACAGGGUCUGGAUGGGUUUCAGUUUUUACUGUCUUACAUGACUGAGGAAGAUCUCUCUGAAAGUAUGACCAAGCUGUGUAACUGGU